UCCAAAUAAGUUAUGCUAAAUAAAAUAUUUUUAACACAACUUCUCGUUUUCUGCCGCUAAUACCGACAGCAUUUUAAGCCGUUUUAAUUUUUCAACGGCGAACUGCUUCAGUUCUCAUAACAGUGAGGUCAGAGAUAAAUAUGACAUUGUCAGAAGUCAAUGCCAUAGUCUAAAGGUUGCGCCGCGUUACCGGGUCGUACAUAGAGAUAAUAAGCGUCACAAUUAAGCACAAUCUUGACUUCGAACCAGUAGCCAGGCUGGUGCGACCUCACCCAGUAGGCCCCAAGGAUUCUUCAAAAGAAGGCCUCAUUUAUUGAUAUUUAUAUCAAUAGACAUUCAUGAGGUGUUUGCUGAACAGUUGGUUAACAGUUGAUAGCAGCCUAAAAAACUUCAAAUUUAAUUUUUUUAAAUUUAAAACCUUAUCUUUAAAUCUCAACUUACUAGCAAAUUAGUAAAUUAAGAGAUAUAGAAAUCAUUCAGUAUUUCCUGUUCCAACAACCAGACGACCAAACUCAUUGGACCUUUCAAGUAUCAGAUAGCUCUCCUCUUCACCACAACGUCCAGACGACCAAUCUCGUUGGAACUAACAGUCACCUAGACCUAUAGGUGAAACUAAGUUCCUCUGACAAGAACGUUGUCAACCUUGGUAGACAGAUGUUAAAAAGGAAAGGUCAAGACAGAAGGCUUGCACUGGUAUUCUCUAUGGGAUCCAACCGCAGUUCGCGAAAAGGGCUCCAUCGACGCCCUCAGCGACCCCCGCAACCUCUACUACGACAAUAGAUGUAUGGAUUAUAGGCAGCUACUAGUCGACAUAUUUUCGUUAUUGCUAAUCGACAGCUCGUUGUCAAUUAAUCCCAUACACUGUUUUUGUAAUUAAGCUGGAAUUAAAGUGAGCGGCAAAGUACAGCAAGUUAUAUCUCACUUACUUAAAGUUGUAAAUACUUUCGCCCAUGAGUUUAACCUUGUCCUCCUUACCCGAUGUGAAUAGAAGCAGUCCUGUCAUUACGAUGCUUGCUUCGAUUUUUUCCAUUCGUGAGCUCUUGUUUGUUACGUCAUUUGGGACCAAAUAUUCAGAGUAGCUUGUUGCGACCAGUAGUAAAAACAUGCCCUCCCGGCAACCAGUGGCCAGCACUGGAAGAACCCGUCGAAAACUACAACUCGGCAUUGUUCUGCUGUUCCUGGCAAACUAUUUUUGCGACGCUUACGUGCGCGAAAGUCGGUUCGCACUUAUUCAAGCAUGGAAUCUCCAGGCUACACUAGAGAUGCAGUGGUUUAGAUUAGACCGUUUCAGUCGAGUGUUCUAUGGGAUAUAUUCAUGUGAUGAGCUGUUAUCGGUGUGCAGAUACGAUGAAGUCAAUAAGACUACAAUUGCAGAUCCUGAGUUGACUCCCGACCCAAUCGUUUUCGAAAUGGGUGUCAUCUCACAGAAGCUCAAUCUGGGGGUGUUCCCCAGAUAUUUCAUUGGUUUAACGGAGUACGACGCAAAGCCUUUAAGCUUUGGCCCGUUGAAUAUGUUACCGUGUGACGACAUCUGCUUCAAAAGCUUCCCACCGAGGGUCGACACUGAUGCUAACGACCCAUUCGAUACACACGCAUUUUACUGGUCCUCAACAUCAAAAUAUCUCUCUCUCACCCUGAGGUUCCGAGCCUAUAGGACGAGGUGUACGCAGUACGGGCAUUAUCAAGACAACAAAUUUAAUUCUUAUACGAAGCUUGAAUUCGUGACGAAUAAUUAUGACAGAGGCUACGCAAGAGCAGAGGGAAACUGGUAUUAUAAACUAGUCUUCAAGCAUUUUGAUGAACAGAGGUUAUUUAUAAUUAAAGUGUUAUUUGGUUUUACGUGUCCAGGGUACCCGGAACGUUCUUACUACAGGAAGUUCAACUUUUCUGUGAGCAAAAAAUAACUGUAGCACGCUGACUCACGCCUCAUCACUCAGCUUGCCUGGGACACUGAUUAAUGAGUAAUAGAUUUCGGUUGAAUGUGCCUAUGGGCUUAUGUUUUCAAUAUGUUUCAGUUACAUGUUCCAUCUCGCCUGCCUGGUUCUAUUAUACAUAAUAGAUGCCCAUCCUAAAACAAAAUGAGCGAAUAUAGAUGAAAUCGAUUGCGAUACAAUAGGUAUA